AUGCGCGGCGCGCCUUUGGGAGCAGGAUCUCGUUCUUCUCCGCUCUUCAUCACCGACGCUUCGCACCGUGACAAUUUCGCAGCAGAAGCAACAGCAUUGCGUCGCGUUGGACCGUCCCCUUUGCGUCGGCGAGUCGCAUCCGAGCGUUACGAUAUUCUGUCACAGUUGCUGAGAACUAGUACGACGUUGGGUCCACGCAAACGUCAGCAAAGCUGUUCCAUACCUCAUCGUCUUCGCGCUCGAGAUCUCCAGCAGCAAGGGCGCUCAUUACAUUCACCGGUGGAGAUUCAACAGGCCAGGGGGGUAAACACCACCGCGCCGCCCCGCCAUCCGCGCCAUAGGGGGAACGGGACGGUAGCGGCGGGGAACCGAACAAGGGGCGGGCAUCCGAGCAAGGGGCACCAUGGGGGGAACGGCACUGCUGCAGGGGGGGCGAAGAGGGGGAACGGCACUGCUGCAGGGGGACCGAAGAGGGGGAACGGCACUGCUGCAGGGGGGGCGAAGAGGGGGAACGGCACUGCUGCAGGGGGACCGAAGAGGGGGAACGGCUCUGCGAAUGGAAAUGCGCCGAAUAACCAGAAGAACAGUGGCGCGCAGCCGAACAAGAAUGGCGGCGGCAGCGCCAAUAAGCCGCGUCGACCGAAGCAAAUUGCUGAGGAGACCUGUAGCAGUAAGACCUCUUGGCCAGAGGUGGUUGGCAUGACGGGCGAAAAGGCUCGCAAUUACAUCCUGACAUCGAUGCCAGAGUGUAACUGGGAUGUGAAAAUUAUCCCGUAUGGACGUCCCGUCACGAAGGAUUAUCGCACAAACCGCGUUCGCAUUUUCGUUGAUACGGAGAAUAUCGUUCGUGUUCUCCCCAAUAUUGGUUAA